UUUGGAAGUAGGGCUCACGAGAGGCAGUUGAGCCAGUCAUGUUUGGUGACCCAGCGUGAAUGUGGGGCUCAGACUCAUCGGGAUCCAGAGAGGAGCGGCUCCUGGACUCAGCAGACUUUUCUAAGGAAAGCCGAAUCUUCCCUCUGUGAAGAAGAGAGCAGGUCGAGACAAGUGAGGCCGGCCCCAUGUAUCCAGAAUCGACGACAGGAUCCCCGGCUCGGCUCUCUCUGCGGCAGACAGGCUCCCCCGGCAUGAUCUACAGUACUCGGUAUGGGAGCCCCAAAAGACAGCUCCAGUUUUACAGGAACUUGGGCAAGUCCGGCCUGCGGGUCUCCUGCCUGGGGCUCGGAACAUGGGUGACCUUCGGAGGCCAGAUCACCGAUGAGAUGGCAGAGCAACUAAUGACCUUGGCCUAUGACAAUGGCAUCAACCUCUUCGAUACUGCAGAAGUCUACGCGGCGGGCAAGGCCGAAGUGGUGUUAGGGAACAUCAUCAAGAAGAAGGGAUGGAGACGGUCCAGCCUGGUCAUCACCACCAAGAUCUUCUGGGGAGGAAAAGCGGAGACCGAGAGGGGCCUUUCCAGGAAGCACAUAAUAGAAGGUCUCAAGGCCUCCCUGGAGCGGCUGCAGCUGGAGUAUGUGGACGUGGUGUUUGCCAACCGCCCGGACCCCAACACGCCCAUGGAAGAGACCGUGCGUGCCAUGACCCACGUCAUUAACCAGGGGAUGGCCAUGUACUGGGGCACGUCGCGCUGGAGCUCCAUGGAAAUCAUGGAGGCCUACUCCGUGGCCCGGCAGUUCAACCUCAUCCCGCCCAUCUGCGAGCAGGCCGAGUACCACAUGUUCCAGCGGGAGAAGGUGGAGGUACAGCUGCCCGAGCUCUUCCACAAGAUAGGAGUGGGCGCCAUGACCUGGUCCCCCCUGGCCUGCGGCAUCGUUUCCGGGAAGUACGACAGUGGCAUCCCGCCCUACUCCAGAGCCUCCUUGAAGGGUUACCAGUGGCUGAAGGACAAAAUCCUAAGUGAGGAGGGCCGGCGCCAGCAGGCCAAGCUGAAGGAGCUGCAGGCCAUCGCCGAGCGUCUGGGCUGCACACUCCCCCAGCUAGCCAUAGCCUGGUGCCUGAGGAAUGAGGGAGUGAGCUCUGUGCUCCUGGGUGCUUCCAGCGCAGACCAGCUAAUGGAGAACAUUGGAGCAAUACAGGUCCUUCCGAAACUGUCGUCUUCCAUUAUCCACGAGAUUGAUAGUAUUUUGGGCAAUAAACCCUACAGCAAAAAGGACUACAGAUCCUAAGAAGCCCCCGGCCGCUUGCCCGGACAGUUUCUCUUUCCCUCCUAGUCUCUCUGUUCGCUCGCUUAAGCCGUUUUGAAGCCAAGUCAGGGGUGUGGUUUGCAUCAAACAGAAAACAUCACGGCAAGAUGUCCUCCUCGUGGGGAAAAGAUCUCAAAAGUUGCUGCAAGACACCAUUCACUGCUUCGCGGGACCGAAUUCAGAUCCGUGCCGGGGAGGCCGCGUUGAUGGGGCAGGAUGUUGGAGUGGUCCCGCCCGAGCCCGCCUACAGCCUCUACUCCCCCUCCAAGAAGAAAGCACCCCAGUUGCUCCCAGCCUCCGCCUUUCCCAGAGAUGCCUCCAGGCCGGGCCUGUGUCCUGGGGGGGCAGCAGGGCUGGCCUCUCAUCUGCUGAGAACCCCCACUUGGUGUUGGGGGUGGGAAAGAGGAAACCAGGGCUGGCCCUUCCUGUGGCCCCCUCUGCUGGAGCACUGGAUGUUGGGCAGGGCCUCCCCAGUGGGGUCCCCCUCCACUUCCCUCUUGUCAAGGGCUCCCAGGAUUUUACAAUGGGCCUGA